CCCUCUGAGCAUCAGCUUUUGCAUCUGUGAAAUGGGGAUUAUAUCAGUAUCUACAUCAUAAAGUUUUGGAAGAAAUGGAAUAACACACCUGAAGCACUUAACACUGGGUUGGACACACAGCUGGAUGUCCACACAGAUUCAAUUGACACACUCAAGAUGGCGAGGCCCUGGACCCUGCAACAUGACCAGCCACAUUCAAGAAGGCCGCACACACUUCGGCGCUGGUUCCGGUUCCCGUCGUUCCGGAGCCGGUUCCGGUUCCGGUGUUUCUGGCCUUGGGAAGCACACACGGAGCCACCUGGCAACAGCCAUGGCGGACGGUCCGGUGGCGGAAGUGUUGCUGAAGCGGCUGGAGGCGGCCGAUGGCGGCCUGGAUACCGCGAAUCUAGCGGCCGAGCUGGGAGUGGAGCACCAGGCCGUGGUGGGAGCGGUGAAGAGCCUGCAGGCGCUGGGCGAGAUCAUCGAGGCUGAGCUACGUUCCACCAAGCACUGGGAGCUUACUGCUGAGGGCAAGGAGAUUGCCCGAGAGGGCAGCCAUGAGGCCCGGGUGUUUUAUAGUGUGCCCCCCGAGGGCCUGGCCCAGAGUGAGCUCAUGCAACUGCCCAGUGGCAAGGUGGGCUUCAGCAAGGCCAUGUCCAGCAAAUGGAUCCGUGUGGACAAGAGUGCAGCUGAUGGGCCCCGGGUGUUCCGAGUGGUGAACAGUGUGGAAGAUGAGGUACAGCGGCGGCUCCAGCUGGUCCAGAGUGGGCAGGUCGAGAAGCUGAGUGAAAAAGAAAAGAGUGAGCUGAAGAAAAGGAAGCUGCUUACUGAAGUAACCCUGAAGACCUACUGGGUGAGCAAAGGCAGUGCCUUCAGCACCAGUGUCUCCAAGCAGGAGACGGAUCUGAGUCCAGAGAUGAUCUCCAGCGGUUCCUGGCGGGACCGGACCUUCAAGCCCUACAAUUUCUCAGCCCAUGGCAUCCUCCUUGACAGCGGUCACUUGCACCCCCUGCUAAAAGUCCGUACCCAAUUCCGGCAGAUCUUUCUGGAGAUGGGGUUCACUGAGAUGCCAACUGACAACUUCAUUGAAAGCUCCUUCUGGAAUUUUGAUGCACUUUUCCAGCCCCAGCAGCACCCAGCACGAGACCAGCAUGACACUUUCUUCCUGAGAGAUCCAGCUGAGGCCCUGCAGCUCCCAAUGGACUAUGUGCAUCGGGUCAAGCGGACCCAUUCCCAGGGUGGCUAUGGCUCACAGGGGUACAAGUACAAUUGGAAGCUGGAUGAGGCCCGUAAGAAUUUGCUGCGCACACAUACCACAGCAGCCAGUGCCCGUGCCCUAUACCGUCUGGCCCAAAAGAAACCCUUUACGCCAGCCAAGUACUUCUCCAUUGACCGUGUGUUCCGGAAUGAGACCCUGGAUGCCACACACCUGGCCGAGUUCCACCAGAUCGAGGGGGUUGUGGCUGACCAUGGCCUUACUCUGGGCCACCUCAUGGGCGUCCUUCGGGAGUUUUUCACCAAGCUGGGUAUUACCCAGUUGCGCUUCAAGCCAGCCUACAACCCCUACACUGAGCCCAGCAUGGAGGUGUUCAGCUACCACCAAGGCUUGAAGAAGUGGGUGGAGGUUGGGAACUCAGGACUCUUCCGUCCUGAAAUGCUGCUGCCCAUGGGGCUCCCUGAGAAUGUGUCAGUCAUUGCCUGGGGUCUCUCCCUGGAGCGCCCAACGAUGAUCAAAUACGGCAUCAACAAUAUCCGUGAGCUGGUAGGCCACAAGGUGAACCUGCAGAUGGUGUAUGACAGUCCCCUGUGCCGCCUGGAUGCUGAACGGGCGUCCCCACAGACACAGGAGGCUGCAUGACAUGGGCCACCCUGAACAGGCUGCCUGCCCUGAGCCCUUGCCCAGUCCCUUUGCAUCCCUGGCCAGUGGACUCCCUUGUAUUUAUGAGGCCUCUGUGAGGCUCUCGCCCUAUUCCUUGUAUCUCCUCUUCCCUACCUGCUUCAGGGUCCCAGGGGCAGGGGAGCGGGUAGCUCAUUUGUUCUGAUAUCCAUCUAUGGGGGUGGGCCCUAGGGACCCCUGCAGGUUGGCUAAUAAAGUGGGCAUUUGUCCUCA